UAAACAGUACACACAUCAAUGUGGAAGAUUGGCAGAAAAACAUUAUUGCAAGGAAAGACGAAAGUUCCGUCGAGCUCUACAACACCAAUUCGCCUGCAUUGCAUCAAAGCUGAGGAUUCUGUGCCACAAUUACCCUCAACGGCAGAUGUGGUUAUCAUCGGUGGCGGUUCGGCAGGAUGUCACACAUUGUAUCACUUGGCAAAGCGAGGGGUGAAGGCAGUGCUAUUGGAACGUGCCAAGCUAACAGCCGGUACCACCUGGCAUACGGCGGGUUUAAUUUGGCGUUUACGACCAAACGAUGUAGAUAUACAAUUGCUGAACAAUUCACGAAAUAUGUUGACGCAAUUGGAACAGGAUACUGGAUAUGAUCCGGGCUGGAUUCAGAAUGGCGGUAUAUUCAUAGCUCACACGGAAAAACGUUUGAAUGAAUACAAGCGCUUGGCAUCUAUAGGAAACUCUUUAGAUAUUGAAAAUUAUAUACUUGGGCCCGAAGAGACACAGAAAUUAUUUCCACUUCUAGAUCCGAAAGCUUUUAUUGGAGCACUCUAUUCACCAGGUGAUGGUGUAAUUGACCCGGCCAUGCUGUGCACAGCUUUAACACGUGGAGCUGUUAAAAAUGGUGCCAGAGUUAUUGAAAAUUGUAGUGUCACAGAUCUUUUAGUCGAGGAUACAUCGAGAGGCAAGCAACUUAUCGGUGUCGCCACCCCAUAUGGAAAUAUAAAAACAAAAGCGGUGGUGAACGCCACAGGCAUAUGGGGACGCGAUUUAGUACAAAAGCAUGGUUCGCAUUUGCCACUUAUUCCAAUGAAGCAUUCCUACAUUGUAUCCGAAUCGAUUCCUGGUGUACGUGGCAUACCAAAUAUUCGCGAUCACGAUUAUUCAACAUACUUUCGUAUUCAAGGUGAUGCAAUAUGUAUGGGUGGUUAUGAACCGAAUCCCAUUAUAUUGGAACCUGUACCGAAAGAUUUUCAUUUUGGCUUAUACGAUUUGGAUUGGUCUGUAUUUGAAGUACAUCUUAACGGUGCGGUUAAAUUGUGUCCUUCGUAUGGUAAUUAUGGUGUCAAGAGCACAAUAUGUGGUCCUGAAUCUUUUACGCCCGAUCACAAGCCCCUAAUGGGUCCAGAUACACACAUAAAUGGUUUGUAUCAUAAUUGUGGUUUCAACUCGGCUGGAAUGAUGUUUGGUGGUGGAUGCGGUGAACAAACUGCACUUUGGGUGAUUAAUGGAAAACCCGAUUUGGCAAUGUUUAGCUUCGAUUUACAUCGUUUCACGGUCGCGCAAAAUCGGGACACACAAUGGAUACGCGAAAAAUCUCAUGAGAGUUAUGCCAAGAAUUACAGUAUGGUUUUUAAGCACGAUCAGCCGCUUGCCGGACGUAAUUUCCAGAGGGAUCCGUUACACGGCGAUAUGUUGGAGCAAAAUGCUUUUAUGGAAGAGAAACAGGGUUGGGAAAGACCGGGAUUUUUUAUGAAGCAGAAAGUAGACGUACUACCUUACGAUUGGUAUGGCAGUUAUGGCCACACAAGACACACCCAUAGCGUUUAUGAAAAAGUGCUCGAGGGCGACUUGAAGUAUGCUAAGUUUUCGCAACAUCAUAAUUUGAUUGGUGAAGAAGCACUGGCUUGUCGAAAUGCCGCAGUUGUCUUUAACAUGAGCUAUUUUUGUAAACUAAUUAUGGAAGGUCCAGAUGCACAGAAAGCAGCUGACUGGAUCUUUAGCGCUAGCACCAAUCGCGACGCUAACAAAACCGUUUAUACCUGUGUUCUCAACAAAAGUGGCGGUGUGGAAGCCGAUGUCACCGUAUCUCGUUUGAAUUCUGGUACUGGCGCAGUAUACGACCCGAAAUUUACAGGGCAGGGUUAUUACAUUGUGGCUGGUGGUGCCUCUGCCUUUUAUACUUAUUCCAUCCUACAGUCUGAGAUAAGAGAUAAGGGCUUUAAUGUAUCCUUACGCGACAUAACCCCCGAUUUGGGUGUUUUAUCCAUUCAAGGUCCACACAGUCGAGACAUCCUUCAGCGCAUUGUUGACUGUGAUCUAUCGAAUGAGAGUAUUCCUCCUAACGGCACGCAGUUGGCAAGUGUUAAAUGUUUGUCAGCUAAUGGCAAACAAGUGGGUUUGCGCGUAUUAAGAGUCAGUUUUGUUGGCGAACUGGGUUAUGAACUUCAUAUACCCAAGGAAGAUUGUUCCACUGUCUAUCAAUCACUAUUAGAAGUGGGUAAACAGCAUGGUUUACGAAAUGCUGGCUUUCGUGCAUUAUACUCGCUGAGCAGUGAAAAAGGGUAUCAUCUUUGGAGUUUCGAUUUAAGACCCGAUGAUACACCCUUAGAAGCUGGUCUAUCGUUCACGUGUCGCAAAAAAGGCGACUACAAAGGAAAAUCGGCAAUAGAGCGACAACGCAAAGAAGGUAUUAAGAAACGUUUGGUCUAUUUGACGUUGAAGGAACAGGUGCCCAUUUGGGGACUAGAGGGGGUGUAUCGCAAUGGUGAGGCGGCUGGUUUCCUGCGGCGUGCUGAAUAUGGUUAUGCGUUGGGAAAAUCAAUUGGUCAGGCGUAUAUUAGUCGGACAGAUGGCGAAUUAAUAAAUGAUGAAUACAUAAGGAAUGGAACGUAUGACAUUGAAAUUUUAGGCAAACGCUAUAAGGCCGAUUGUCAUUUAAGAAGUCCAUUCGAUCCCGAAGGCAAGAGAAUAUUGGGUGUUUAUAAUUAGACAAAAUCGUUUAAGUAAUUGGUAAAUAAUAUACUACUUAUUUUUUAUCAUAAUUAUCUACUAUGUUAAGGCAGAUCAUAUUGUGAUAAUAGUUUUGUCGUUAAUUUAAUAAUUUGUCAGGUUUUGUAUUUAGUGAGUAUGCAAAACACUUUUUCUUAUAAAACAAUAAAAUACCCAGAAGUAUGGGGACGCAAAAGGCAUAUUUUGUGUCCAGAA